AUGAAACCAUCUAAACUGCAAGAUCAUCUGAGAAGAUGCCACCCUGAUAAAACAGAGAAAGAUUUGAAAUACUUUCAAACACUCAAAGAUAAAUUUCAGAAGAGACCUACAGUGGACAGAAUGUUCGCUUCGACAUCACAAAGAAAUGAUGAUGGUUUGCGGGCGUCUUACAAUAUCUCGUUACUUAUAGCAAAAUCCGGAAAACCGCAUACUAUCGGAGAGAAGUUAAUUUUGCCUGCCGUUGAAGAGGUUUUAAAAACUGUUUUACACAAACCUGCAUCUGAUAUCAUUAAAACAAUUCCCUUAAGCAACAAUACUGUUGAAAGACGUACUGAUGAAAUGAGUUCUGAUAUUGAAAGCUUCUUAUGUAGUUAUUUGCAAACGACCCAUUUCUCUAUACAACUGGACGAGUCAACUUUACCUGAUAAUGCAGCAUUAUUAUUGGCAUAUGUUCGUUUUAUUAUGAAUCAAGAAAUCUACGAAGAACUGCUCUUCGCAAGAACUUUGAUAACCGACACUCAAGGUGAAUCAAUAUUUUAUGUUUUGAAGGAUUACUUCAUUGAAAAAGCAAUUCCUUUAUCAAAUAUAAUAUCAGUAGCUACAGAUGGAGCACCUGCCAUGCUCUCAAAUAACAGAGUAUAUUGUUCUGCUGCCUGUGAAUCGGAGGAUAACGAGCAUCGAAACUACGAUUCUUACACUACAGAAAUUAACUCAUUAAAGCACGAGAUACAAGAUAAAGAGAAACAUAUAAUUAGAUUAACGAAGAAGGCCAAGGAUUUUGAAGAAGAUGUUUUUGAAUCUGAACAAAGUUUCAUAGAGGAGCAAAAUUCUUUUAAAGACCAAUUGAAAAACCAAAAAGAAAGAAUGUGUACACUACAAAAAGAAAUAGUCGACGCAGAAGAGAAGAACAAAAACCUUCAGAACCAGAUGGACAGUUAUGAACAAAUGACAAAAGACAUGCAAACAGAGAUGACGAAGCUAAAAAAUAUUCAUGCCGAUAUGCUGAAAACCAUUAGUCUUUUGGAAGAAACAAACAAUGCAUACUCAAGGAAAAUAGCCGAAUUAGAAGAAAGAACAAAAGAAGACAGGUGUCGAUUGUCGGAGAACACUGAAGGAAAUGCCAACGAUCAACAGAAUAUAUUAGACGAUAGGGAUAAACAGCUGAGGACUGAGGAAAAUGUAUCUUUGAAUGAUGAACUUUUUAAACAAUCCAGGAACAGUGCGAAGACUUCCAAGAAACUGCUCAUUGUGGGCGAUCAAUUGGCCAGAAACUGCGCUAGAGUCUUACAUAAUUCAAUGAAGAGCAUAGGCUAUAUAGUUGAAGGAAUUGUUAAGCCCAACACAGAGGCUGCAAAUAUCACAAGUAAUAUUUUCACUCAAACUAUGGAUCAUGGACAAAGUGACUACUUGCGAUGA